UUUGAUUCCGCUCGGUACCGCUGAGUCGAGUCCUUUGUACAGCACUCUUCAGGGCCCGGCCGGUCGCUGCGUUCGGUUCAUGCAGUCAUGUUUUCUGCCUGCCUGUCCAUUUGCAGAGACCCCAAUGGUGUGGAUUCGGAGGAGAUCGCCCAAAGCACAGACUUCAAUCCACAGUUCGAGGACUCGGAUAGCGAUACAACGUCCAAUGAUGAGACGGGGUGCGAGCAUGGGCGAUCCAAAUAUAUGCUCCCACGGAAGAAGCUGACCAGAGUGGAGGAGCUGGAGUGGAUCAAGCCCUUGCUGGAUCGGCUCUGGCCGAAGAUCGACCAAGCACUGCACAAAAUCAUGAAGGAAGUGGUAGAGCCCAAGAUCCAGGACAAAGUUCCUUUUGCGCUGAAGGGCCUGUCGUUUACAAAGUUUACCUUAGGUAAGACGCAACCCAAUGUCGGGCCCAUCACCAUCUGGGAUGCGCCCUGCUUGAAAGAUGACCAGUUUCAUCGCGGCCUCGAGCUGCAUAUUCAGGUGGAGCUGAAGAGCAAGCUUGUCGAUGUCGAGCUGGCCAUUGGAGCUUUAACAGCCGGUAUCCGGACAUGCUCCCUGAAAGGCACGUUGGUGGUGCGCUUGGAUCCCUUGCUGGACAUGUCUCCGAUUAUCGGAGGUUUAGUGAUCUACUUUUUGGAUCCUCCUGUGCUGGACUUCGACUUCACCCAACUUGCUGAAAUGGCUGAGCUCGGCUUUACCGAAGGUCGGCUGACCCGGAUCAUUGAGAACUUGAUCGCCAACCGUCUGGUGUUGCCGAAUGUCUGGUUCCGGCCAUUCUUGCAAAAUGAAGAGAUCGUGGACACCGCCACGCUAAGGGACCCCAAACCGGUGGGUGUCUUGCGUGUGAGCGUGAUUGAAGGUCGACACCUCUACGGCAAUGACUCCCACUUGUUCAGCAACCCCACCAGCGAUCCCUACGUCCGGAUUCGCUUGGCGGACGACGAAUGGCAGUCCUGUCGGCGAGAAGAGACCUGCCACCCCAAGUGGCUAACGGAUCCAGAGACGAUCGGAAGCGAACAGAUCUCCCCUGAUGAGGUGCAGCAUGACUUUUUGGUCUUUGAUGUGGGCCAAACUCUUCGGAUUGAAGUUUUUGACUGGAAUCAGAUCCGGGAUGAUGUGCUGAUUGGACGGAGCGAACCGAUCACUGUUCAGGAUGCCUUAAGUCAUUCCAGGAAACCGCUGCAGCUUUCAGAUUGCACUGGUACGCAAAAGCGCGGGCAACUGUUUCUGUCGUUUGAGUGGUUGAAAGUGACAGCUGGCGAACUGGACCAUGAUCACGCCUGUAUGGUGAGAGUGAAGUUCGAUGAGGUCUACGUGCCCGCAGACAUCGACUUCACCUCUGCCAAGAUUCAGGUGAAGCUGCCGGACGGUCGGCCGCCCAAGAACUCGCCGAUGACCUCCAUCAACGCCCAGCGCCUGCCGGCGCCCAGCGGACCGGGCGACACACCGGCGGAGCGAUCGGAGAAGCGCUUGGACAUCGAGUACGUGAUGUGCUUUCAGUUGUCCAAGGAAGCGACUGCGGAUCCCUUGGAGAUUCAUCUCAUCGCCCAGGACCAGGUCACUUUGGGCGUGGGACGAAUCAACUUGGAAGAGGUCAUGAAUUCCAAGGAUAAGCAAAAGGAGUGGAUCGAAGAGCCUUUGGAGCUGGAGCGACCGCCCGAAGAUGGCAACUUCAUCCCGGACUUCUUGAAUCGCAGCACGCACGACCUGCACGAGGCUGCUCCUGCACGGUGCGAGGUCACUGUGUCCGUCAUGGGGCUUCAGCCGGUGCCGACGAAAGCGGCGAUCACCCACAUGAGGAAGCGAUGCCAGCAGGCCGAGGAAUUUCGCAUGCCUUCGCAGAGCAAUUCCCUAAACCGAUGGCAGCAGCCAUUGGUGGGCCGCGACACGACGAAGUGCACCGGCUCCGUGGAGUCCUUGGACUGGUUCAACGCCUUCUUCGCCCGACUUUGGCCAAAGAUCGCAAACUAUGUGCAAAAGCUGAUGGAGGACCAGGAAGGCACCGUGACCCAGAGGAUGCAAGCCAGCGUACCCAAGCUGCUGAAAGGCAUGUACUUCAACAAGUUCAAGCUGGGAGGAAAGAGCCCAGUCUUUGGGCCCAUCAAGAUCUCUGAAGCGCCGGAGCGCUGGGGCAAGGAGCCGGGCAAGGACAACAACCAAGGGUCAGAGAUCCGAUUGGGAGUGAAGUUGGACUCUGAGUCGCAGAUCGAACUCACCAUCAUGGCCGUGAAGGUCGGCAUCCAUCGGCUGCAAGUGCGCGGCGAGAUCGCCAUCCGUUUCGAACCCCUGCUGGGUCAAACACCUGUGAUCGGUGGUCUGGUUCUUUGCUUCUUGAACCCGCCCAAGCUUGCCAUGGAGUACAAACAUUUUGCCACCCUCGUGGGCAACACGACCUUGGAGCCCAUGGUGAGGGGCGCUAUUGACCGAGCCAUCGCAAAGGCGCUGGUGAUGCCGAACGUGAUCUCGGUGCCCAUUGGGAGCGAAGAGAAGGGCGUGGACCGCAGCCUGCUCCGACAUCCGCGACCCUUGGGCAUCGUGCGCGUGCGGGCCAAGUCCGCGAGCGGCCUGCCAGAUGGGCACUUGCACUUGUUCAGCAAGCAGAACAUCGAUGCUUACAUGCGAAUCCGUGUGGCCGACGACGAGUGGCAUUCCUCGGUGGCGGUGGGCAGCUCUCCAGUUUGGAGCGUCUCGGAUAUUCACUGCUUUUGGUUUUGGGAUUGGAGACAGACCAUUCACAUCGAGGUCUUGGACAAAGGGCGCUUCAAUCCACAGCACACCUUGGGUCAGGCAAAACCAUUGCUAGUGAAGGAGGCCGUGGACCAAAGCGGCACGCCAAUUGAGCUUUUUGCGCCGGUGGCAGGCUUAGACGAGGUCGGCGACGAGUCCUGCGGAAGCGUGGACAUGGAAUUCGAGUUGCUCCAACCCCGCAUGGGUCUGCGACCCCAAUGCGAGCUCUGUAUGCUGCGAAUCAAGAUAGACAAAGUCUAUGUCCCUGAGGAGUUCCCCCAGCCGGUGGCGCUGCACGCGCGGUGCAGCGAUUCCGAGAAACAGACGCCUUUCGUGAGCCAGAAACCAGUCAAAGUCGAUGUGAAAGAGAGCAAGGAUGCCAAGGAUGCCAAGCCACCGAUCAAGCGUUUGGGGACCUUGUUUCCAGAGGAAGAGGAGAAGCAACCGGUGGAGUUGUGCAUUGAGUACGUGCUUCACUUGUUGCUGAAACAGGAAGACCUCAAGACACAUACCCUCGAGCUCCAAUUGGUGGACCGGAAGAAACAGGUGUUCGCUUCAAAGGAGGUCGAGUUGAAACAGUUGGUGGACCGGAAGGCCUUUCGGAGGGUCUGGGGAAGCGAAAAGCAGUCGCUCAUGAACCUCAGAGGACAGGGUGGCAAAUGCCAGGCCCAGCUCGAGGUGCAGAUCUCAGGCUUAGAUGUCCAAGUUACUUCCAAGAGGGCGCCGCCGCGCUUUAACCCGGACUUUAUCAUCUCGACCCCUAGGUGUUUGUGCAGCCGCUGCAAGUUGAAACGCGAGUCUUGGUAUUUGAUGGCUUUUGCGGCCAAUGCCUUGCUGGAAGGCGUGGCUUGUCUGAUUGCUGCGCUCUCUGGCUUCCUCUUGGUCUUCUUUUGGGACCUCUUUGGACCCAGGCAUCGUCUCCAGGGCCUCACGCAAGAGGAAGCGGAUGAGGACGAAGAUCUGGGCCACGUGGCACAGGUCCCCGCCACGCUCUACGAAGGUGGUGAGACGAGCCGAAGUACCAAGGAUCGUUCCUCACCUGUGCUCACUCGCCUCGAUCGCCCGGUCUCCCUCCAAGCCCGCCCCGCGAGCGUGGCCGAGCCGCGCUCGCCCACCUUCGACCUGACGCCCACGCGCCAUAGCACCAAGGAUCGCAUGCGGGCACACACGGCCAAGUGACUGUACCCCCCC